AUGAAGGUCGGAUCCGCCAACACCGGUGUCCUUCGGGAAGAAGCUCAUUCGUCCUGGGAACCGGAACGUCGUACCUCUUUCGGCAUUCGUACCGCUAGGUUCCGAUGGACGAAUUCCUCUCGUACUGCAAGAGCUUGUGAUAAGGCGGCGGACCAACCAUUCGAAAGAGAUGACCUGGUUGACCCCAGGCUCUUGGAGCGUUUCGGGGACUGUCCUCCGUCCACCCCUCUGGGUCUUGAUUGGCUGUCGGUACGAGCGAUACAAAUCGGAGUCCGCCUCUUGACGACGUGGCCUUACGGUCGCGAAGAGUCUCUGGAUCUCUCCAUCGUCGACGUCCUUCGGGAGGAGCCUCAUUCGUCCUGGGAACCGGUCACCCGCACCGCUAGGCUUCGACGGACGAAUCCCUCCUGUGCCGACGCUUCGGCGAGGAGGGCGGCAUGCAAGAGCCUAGUCUACUCGCAUAUGACCGUACGGUCAGCGAUACAAUCGAAGCCGCCCCUUGAAGACGUGGCCUCUGGUCGCGAAGAGGUCUCUGUGAGCACGCAUCCUUUGCCAACGGAUAGGGGUUCGCGACCUUGUCGAGUUGGCCAGUACCGGAAUCUCCGAAAGGACCUGGAUGGGCUCAAGACAUGGAUCGUGCUGAGAGCAACGCCGAUCCCCCAAGCCGAACAAGUUUCGGCCUUCGUGCUUGCGGCGACAUGCCAGCAACGUUCACCUGACCCAUGUGAUCUUCUAACGCUGACAAUCAAUCAUCACGCAGGCGUCAUCGACAAAGGCAAAGGACAUCGGUCACGUUACACUGCGGCCGGACUUCAGCGUUCAGUCCGUCGCGCCGGUCGACCCACAUUCAUAUCAUCAACUCGGUCUUCGCAAAUUGGACCAUGUCGGCCGGCACCAGGAAGGGAUAGGGGAGGCUAA